GUCAAUUAUCAGAUUAUAUAUACCUAGCUUCCGUUUAUAAGUCUUUAUAUAUUCGACUCGAGUACAUAUAUUUUUUAUUUCCGCCCACACAUUAACUUAUCAAUCUAUCGGCCUCGUUAGAAAUAAUGACAACCAUCCGUAAAGUUGUUAUUGCCGAGUUUGGUGAUGUGGACGUUGUCAAAGUGGUUGAUGACGUUUGCCCACCCCCACCACCAGGCCAUGUCCAAAUAGCGGUUGAAUACGCAGCCUUUACUGGCGCUGAUGUCAACAUGCGAAAGGGCAUAUAUCCUUUUCAAAAGAGCCCACCUUUCACUCCUGGGUAUAGUUUAGUCGGGACCGUCCGCGCCAAUGGCGAAGGCUGCACAGCAUUCCAGCCCGGCGAUGUUGUAACGGUCUUAUCCAAGUACGACGCCGAAGCCCAGCUUGUCAAUCAACCUGAAAAAUAUUGCGUUAAAGUACCAGAUGGCGUCGACCAUCAGCAAGCAACGGUGCUGCCGUGCGACUGGAAUACGGCGUACGGCAUGGUUAUGGAUUCAGCAAAGGUUUCGGAGGGUCAAAGAGUCUUCAUCCACGGCAUCAGCGGGUCCGUUGGUACGGCUCUCAUGACUCUUUGCACCUUAAAGGGGGCCGAAGUAUACGGCACGGCUAGCCAGCGCAAUCACGAUGAAAUCCGCGCACACGGCGCCACGCCGUUCGUAUACACGGAUAAGAAGUGGAUAGACAAGAUGAAGGAAAUUGGGGGCGCGCACGCCGUCUUCGACCCACUCGGCUUCGAGAGCUUUGACGAAAGCUUCUCCAUACUAACGCCGGACGGCAUACUUGUCGCCUACGGAAACAACGGGAGAACGCUCGGUGGACAUAAUAGGAACCCAACGUGCCACAUCGUCAAAAUGAUCGCGCGCGGUCUGAAUCCGCUGAACGGCAAACGCACUACCUUCUACGGAAUCUCCCGUCAAUCGUCCACGUAUAAACCCCAUCUCACGGCCUUGCUGAACAUGGUGAGGGACGGGACCAUCAAGGUCCCAAUCAGGAAAUUUUGGGACUUGGAGGAUAUUCAGAGCGCGCAUCGAGAAUGGGGUGCCGGGAGCGGGAUAGGGUCUCUGCUGAUUAGGAUUCCUCAAAAGUGAAGCUCAUUGGCGAGCUACUUAACUUUGACAUUCCCUUUUGUUUAGAGGUUUAUUCGCGAAGAACACAAUAGCGCAUUAGGCGUUUAACGGAAGCGAGUUGAGUACAUGGUUAGAUCGGAAUUUUGAUGUAAAGGGUUAGGUAUGAUAUAU